CUUCUCAACUGUUAGUCCUCACUUGGUCCUGACGGUUCACUGUGAAGCAGCUUGACUCUCAGGACCAACAUGGCAUCCACAGACUAUGUUGUGGAAAACGCUAUCAUCGAUAAGGGACCUCCUGUCCGUUAUCGGCUAACACUGAAUAAGACGAACCUUGGUGGAGAGGGAGAAGAAGAGUCCAAGCUCAGAAGAUGGACCAUAGGUAAAAAAGAUCCUAGCAAACAGAAUAAAACAAUCCUGCUUGUUGGAGAGACUGGAGCAGGGAAAUCUAGCUUGAUCAACACUAUUCUUAACUUUGUAAUGGGGGUAAAGAAUGGAGAUGAACAAUGGUUUGAGAUUGUAGAUGAUGCCAAGAAACCCUCAAGAUCAGGAAGUCAGACAUCAACAGUGACAGUUUACGAGAUUUUUGGUUUUGAAGGUAAAACCGUCCCCUACUCUCUGACCAUCAUUGACACUCCUGGUUAUGGAGACACCAGAGGGAUUGAAUAUGACGCCAUAAUCAAUCAAAUGUUACACGAUUUAUUCAGUUCAGAAGACGGGAUUCAAGAACUUGAUGUAGUGGGUCUGGUGCUGAAGGCGGCUGAGAAUCGACUGAGUGACCGACUGAGGUACAUCUUCGAUUCAGUGAUGUCUCUGUUUGGAAAAGACAUGGAGAAGAACGUCGUUGCUCUCAUCACUCACUCAGAUGGAAUGCCUCCUAAAAACGCUAUUGACGCUCUGGAGGAUGCAAAGAUUAAAUGUGCCAGAAAUGAGAAGAAUCAGCCUGUUUACUUUGUGUUUAAUAACUGCCUGAGCACACAGAGAACAGAGGAAACAGAGUUUGGACUAGGACAAGCGUGGACAGUAACGACGAGGGGAAUGCAUCAAUUUACAUCUUUCCUGGAGAAAACCACACCUCAAGAGCUGAAGACAACUGUGAAUGUCCUGAAUGAACGCAUUAGGCUGGCCGCCUGCAUUAACAAUCUAACACAAAGAAUUGACCUGAUUAAACUAAACCAGAAAAUCAUCCAACAGACCCAGGAAGAAUUAGAGAAACACAAAGAAUCAAUGAAAAAAGAACAUAAUUUCACCAUAGAAGUUGAUGAGCACUAUAAGGAAAAAAAAGAUAUCGAAGGAGGGAUGUGGUUGGUUUUUUAUGGUGGAGCUGUCACCUGUAAUGUCUGUAAAGAGAACUGUCACUACCCAGGAUGCACAAUGGCCUGGUAUCCAAAACACUGUCAGGUCAUGAAACGUGGCCACUGUACUUCAUGUACCGGGAAGUGUCCUGUGUCAGAUCAUGUGAAAGAGAACAAGAUCUAUGUGAACAAGACAAGGAAAGUUAAAAGAACCAUUGGUGAAUUGAAACAGAAGUAUAAAGCAGAUAAAGAGCAGUGUGAGAACCUUCUUUCAGCCCUUCAAACAGAGAAAGAGAAGCUUGAAAAAGAGAAGGAUAUCUGGCUGGAUCAGGCCUACCAGCAUGUUCUCAGUCUGGAGCAGAUUGCCCUGAAUGUUAAUUCACUGCUCACUCAUGCCAACUUGGACUUCCUGAUUGACAUGAUGAAGGAGAGAGGAGACAAAGAGAAGGUCCAGAAACUGGAGGAGAUGGUAGCACGAGUGGAUGAAGGAACCAGAGCAGCUCUGCGGUACAUGUUGAGUUAUGUUGGAGGUAAAGCAACAUCACUUGCCAAAGCAGCUGGUAAAAAGUUUGGAAAGAAGUAAAAAACUUACAACAGUGUUUGGAGCUGGACACCACUGUUGUCACACAUGGUGGAAUCAACUUCUAUUGACCUGUGUUUGACCUGAAAUAACUGAGCCAUGAAAUAUAACAUGGUGAACAACUUCUGUUUUUUGUUGUAUGUUGUUUUUACAUUAGUGAGCAGAUCAUGUCAAACCAAUAUUGUCUGGUGCGAUGAUGUGGCUGACAUCUUCCUCUCUUCACACUCUUGAGUAGAAUUUGAAUUCCUGUCUGACCGUGGGUUUUUAAUCUUGCUAGCAGCCAGUCACUGCGCUCAGGACUGAAAUAUCUCACCUGCUAUUGGAUGGAUGGCCAUGAAAUUAACAAGAGACAUUCAAGGUCCCCAGAGGAUACACCUUAAAACACAAAGUGGUCUUUUCCUACAGUUCCAACAUGAGGGUGAUAGUUUAAGGUUUUGAAUUUGACAUCUCUACAGCUGCCGGAUGUCAGACGUUGUUGUUCCCCUCAGGAUGAACUGUAGUGACUCUGAUGAUCCUCUGACUUUUCCUCCAGCGCCACCAUCAGGUCAAAACUUUAACGUGUCCAAAACGUGGGUUUAUGAUCAGAUACCUGCAGAUGUAAUGACUGCCCCAUCAGCUUCAGCUCUACUUUGUAUUUACUGCUUAUUAGCAAAUGUUAGCAUGCUGAACUGAGAUGGUAAGAAAACAUUACACCUGCUGAACAUGCUGAUGUUAGCACUGAACACAAAGCACUGCUGUAUCUGAUACCCAAGACUGACAGUGAUGAGGGCUGAACCCACAUUGUGGGUCUGAACGGGUCAACCUGAGUCAGGCGACCCUUCAAGAACCUCCUGUCAACCAGGGUUCAACCUGGGCCUGGAUAUGGUGAACUGGCUCUGUUACCACAAAUGGAAAUUAAUUCAUUGUCAUUGAUACUUUGGUACAUUUAAAUGUGAUUCAGUCAAUCCACUGGCAAAGAGAGAAGGGAGUCAGCUGUCUCAUGAACAGAUCAGACAGAGCUCUGUCUGUGGAAGUGGCUGAACGUUGGUCUGGUUUUACACAACCAGUGUUUUCCAUAAGUCAGACAAGUUCACAUCCUAGAAAGAGCUUUAAGAGGAACGUGAAGACAGGUGAAGACAGGUGUUGAUGUUCUGUGGUUUGAUGGAUCAGACUUAUAUUUUCUGCAUUACUUCUUGUUUUAUUGAUUUACUCUUUAUGUAAUUUGAACUUGUUUGGCUGAUGCAUCAUGUUGUUUUUAAGCCCACUGUGUACUGGAUUCUUCACUUGUUUUAUUGGUUUUACACAUUUACUUUUUUAUUAGUUAACAUGUAUUAUUGGUUCUGAUUAGUUCUGUAAAAACAUCAUCAUCAUCAACUUUAUGUUUAACUCUCAGAUUGUGUUGUUUAGUUAAAGAUACAGAAAAACACCUGAACCACUGAACAGUGUGAAGAAACACAAUUUCUGAUUUUUUUCAUUUCUUAGUUCCAUCAUGUAAGUUUAAGUUUUUUAUGUUUUUCAAUCAACACGAGGUUUUGACUCGUUCUGAUGUUUUUGUGAUACUGAGAGAAUGAACUGGUUCAACUUAUUGAUGAAGAUGUAGAACAAUGAACGUUACUGAGAUGUAUUUUUAUAAACAUGAGAUUUUUCUCAUUAGAAUCAGUUUGUACAGAGUCGUAGUUUUAAGUUUUUAAGUUGUAAUGUUGUCAGUGAUUGAGGCUGUGAUUUAUU